CGCGGAGUUCCACAACCAGGAUCGGAUAGUAGAGGAGUGUAUGAAGCUACUCCCGGCAGCUGUACAAGCAGAGUUGGAAGGUUGUAGGGUUAAGCUAGCUGAGAAGGAAGGUAAGAUUUACGAAGAUGCUAACAAGAUACACGAGGAGUGGGAUAGAGGAGGAGAGGAAGGGCAAAAUGAGAUGAAGGGUAUGUGGCAGGAGCAGCUUAGGGACGACCCAGUAUGGGAGACAGGGGCGGAUAGUUGGGCGAGUAACGGGAUUUGGCAGGAGUUGUAUAGAGAGUUCUGGGAAGAGAAGCAUUAUUAGAAUUUGCUAAGGUAGCAUGGAUACUCAAGAGACUAGGGGGUAGGGAGAAAGAG